GCGGCCGGGGGGUGGAGUGGGAGCGCGUGUGUGCGAGUGUGUGCGCGCCGUGGCGCCGCCUCCGCCCGCCCCUCGCUCGGUCCCGCUCGCCUGCCGCGGCCGGGCGGCCCUUUCGCGUGUCCGCGCUCCCCCCCCUUCCCCUCCGCCUCCUCCAUUUUGCGAGCUCGGAGUCAGUGCCUGGAGCCCGAGUCGCCGCCCGCCCGUCGGGGACGGAUUCUAAGUGGGUGGAACAAGACGCCGCAGCCGGGCGGCGCGGCGCCGGGACGGGAGAACGCGCGCGGGGAGACGGGAGCGGCGCGGGGGCCCGGCUUGUCAGCCGGGAACGGGUGACUUUCCGCGCUAGGGGCUCUCCCCUCCCCCAUGGAAAAGAGGGGGCGACUGUUGACUUCCUUCUCCGUGACACGCGCGCCUCCCGCGUCCGCACGCCGACUUGUUUAUCUGGCUGCGGUGGGAGCCGCAGGCGGGCGGGCGAGCGCGCCGGUGCUGAGUUAAUAUUUGCCAAUGGACUCCAAAGAAUCCUUAGCUCCCCCUGGUAGAGACGAAGUCCCCAGCAGUUUGCUUGGCCGGGGGAGGGGAAGCGUGAUGGACUUGUAUAAAACCCUGAGGGGUGGAGCUACAGUCAAGGUUUCUGCGUCUUCACCCUCAGUGGCUGCUGCUUCUCAGGCAGAUUCCAAGCAGCAGAGGAUUCUCCUUGAUUUUUCAAAAGGCUCAGCAAGCAAUGCGCAGCAGCAGCAGCAGCAGCAGCAGCAGCAGCAGCAGCAGCAGCAGCAGCAGCCGCAGCCAGAUUUAUCCAAAGCCGUUUCACUGUCCAUGGGACUGUAUAUGGGAGAGACCGAAACAAAAGUGAUGGGGAAUGACUUGGGCUACCCACAGCAGGGCCAGCUUGGCCUCUCCUCUGGGGAAACAGACUUUCGGCUUCUGGAAGAAAGCAUUGCAAACCUCAAUAGGUCGACCAGCCGUCCAGAGAACCCCAAGAGUUCAACACCUGCAGCUGGGUGUGCUACCCCGACAGAGAAGGAGUUUCCCCAGACUCACUCUGAUCCAUCUUCAGAACAGCAAAAUAGAAAAAGCCAGCCUGGCACCAACGGUGGCAGUGUGAAAUUGUAUACCACAGACCAAAGCACCUUUGACAUCUUGCAGGAUUUGGAGUUUUCUGCCGGGUCCCCAGGUAAAGAGACAAACGAGAGUCCUUGGAGGUCAGACCUGUUGAUAGAUGAAAACUUGCUUUCUCCUUUGGCGGGAGAAGAUGAUCCAUUCCUUCUGGAAGGGGACGUGAAUGAGGAUUGCAAGCCUCUUAUUUUACCGGACACUAAACCUAAAAUUCAGGAUACUGGAGAUACAAUCUUAUCAAGCCCCAGCAGUGUGGCACUGCCCCAAGUGAAAACAGAGAAAGAUGAUUUCAUUGAGCUUUGCACCCCUGGGGUAAUUAAGCAAGAGAAACUGGGCCCGGUUUAUUGCCAGGCAAGCUUUUCUGGGACAAAUAUAAUUGGGAAUAAAAUGUCUGCCAUUUCUGUUCAUGGCGUGAGUACCUCUGGAGGACAGAUGUACCACUAUGACAUGAAUACAGCAUCCCUUUCUCAGCAGCAGGAUCAGAAGCCUGUUUUUAAUGUCAUUCCACCAAUUCCUGUUGGUUCUGAAAACUGGAAUAGGUGCCAAGGGUCUGGAGAGGACAACCUGACUUCCUUGGGGGCUAUGAACUUCGCAGGCCGCUCAGUGUUUUCUAAUGGAUAUUCAAGCCCUGGAAUGAGACCAGAUGUGAGUUCUCCUCCGUCCAGCUCCUCCACAGCAACGGGACCACCUCCCAAACUCUGCCUGGUGUGCUCCGAUGAAGCUUCGGGAUGCCAUUAUGGGGUGCUGACGUGUGGAAGCUGUAAAGUCUUCUUUAAAAGAGCAGUGGAAGGUAGACAGCACAAUUACCUUUGUGCUGGAAGAAAUGAUUGCAUCAUUGAUAAAAUUCGAAGAAAAAACUGUCCAGCAUGCCGCUAUCGAAAAUGUCUUCAAGCUGGAAUGAACCUGGAAGCUCGAAAAACGAAGAAAAAAAUUAAAGGAAUUCAGCAAGCCACUGCAGGAGUCUCACAAGACACUUCUGAAAACGCUAACAAAACAAUAGUUCCUGCCGCGCUGCCACAGCUUACCCCUACCCUGGUGUCACUGCUGGAGGUGAUCGAGCCUGAGGUGUUAUAUGCAGGAUAUGACAGCUCUGUUCCAGACUCAGCAUGGAGAAUUAUGACCACGCUCAACAUGUUAGGUGGGCGCCAAGUGAUUGCCGCAGUGAAAUGGGCAAAGGCGAUACCAGGAUUCAGAAACUUACACCUGGAUGACCAAAUGACCCUUCUACAGUACUCAUGGAUGUUUCUCAUGGCAUUUGCCCUGGGUUGGAGAUCAUACAGACAAGCAAGUGGAAACCUGCUAUGCUUUGCUCCUGAUCUGAUUAUUAAUGAGCAGAGAAUGACUCUACCCUGCAUGUAUGACCAAUGUAAACACAUGCUGUUUAUCUCCACUGAAUUACAAAGAUUGCAGGUAUCCUAUGAAGAGUAUCUCUGUAUGAAAACCUUACUGCUUCUCUCCUCAGUUCCUAAGGAAGGUCUGAAGAGCCAAGAGUUAUUUGAUGAGAUUCGAAUGACUUAUAUCAAAGAGCUAGGAAAAGCCAUUGUCAAAAGGGAAGGAAACUCCAGUCAGAAUUGGCAGCGGUUUUAUCAACUGACAAAACUUUUGGACUCCAUGCAUGAUGUGGUUGAAAAUCUCCUUAGCUACUGCUUCCAAACAUUUUUGGAUAAGUCCAUGAGUAUUGAAUUCCCAGAGAUGUUAGCUGAAAUCAUCACUAAUCAGAUACCAAAAUACUCAAAUGGAAAUAUCAAAAAGCUUCUGUUUCAUCAGAAAUGACUGCCUUACUAAGAAAGGCUGCCUUAAAGAAAGUUGAAUUUAUAGCUUUUACUGUACAAACUUAUCAACUUGUCUUGUAGAUGUUUUGUCGUUCUUUUUGUUUGUCUUGUUUGUUUUCUAUACGCACUACAUGUGGUCUCUAGAGGGCCAAGACUUGGCAACAGAAGCAGAUGAGCCAUCACUUUUCAGUGACAGGAAAGCAGACAGUGAUGUGCAUUGGCUGGUGUAUCACAGAAACUAGAACAGUUAGUGGAGACAUGUCCACUAUCAGAGAAGGACCGCACCUGAACCACCAGUGCCCAAAGUCCAUGUGAUCAACUUUCUGCUCAACUUUCAGUUGGCUGGAUAACACUUUCUAGACUUUUCUGUUGGUGUAUUUUUCCCAUGUAUAGUUAGGAUAGCAUUUUGAUUUAUGCAUGGAAACCUGAAAAAAGUUUACACGUGUAUAUCAGAAAAGGGAAGUUGUGCCUUUUAUAGCUAUUACUGUCUGGUUUUAACAAUUUCCUUUAUAUUCAGUGAACUAUGCUUGCUCGUUUUUCUUAAAUAAUUUUUGUAUUCUAGUUAUUGUAUAGCUGUUUAAGAUGGGCAGCUGCCUCACAGCUCUCCUAGACGCUAACAUUAAUUUCCGUGUGAAAAUGGGUCGGUGCUCCUACCCUGAUGGCACUCAGCUAUCAGAAGACCACAGAAAUUGACUCAGAUCUCCAGUAUUCUUGUCAAAAGCUCUUACUCUGUAUAUAUCUGCUUCCAUGGGGAAUUAUAUAGGUUGUGCAGAUUAACCGUCCUAACUGGUAUAGAGCACCUAGUCCAGUGACCUGCUGGGUAAACUGUGGAUGAUGGUUACAAAAGACUAAUUGUAAAACAGUGCCCACCAACAGGCCCCGUUUGCACCCAAUGCACCAUCUCUUCAGUGGUGCGAUAGCAACAAAGUUUGUAACUCAGCUCUUUCAGGACCUUCGGGAGUAGUUUGUGUAACAUUUUAAAAUGUAUUAUUCCAGAUAACCAGCUGUGAUAAAGCCGAGAGAUUGUUUUAAUCAGACCAAGUAACUUCUCUCAUUAAACGUUACCCUCAACUAAGUCUCUAAUAUGGCAAGAAUGGCUAGACACCCAUUUUCACAUCCCACCUGUCACCAAUUGGUCUAGCUUUCCUGGUGGUACAGGAAAAUCAGCUACUGAUUUUUUGUUAUUUAGAACUGAAUGUCAGGCAUCCAUGUUUGUCCAACUAUACAUCCCUACAUGUGCCAUAGAAUCUAACACAAGUCUUGUGAACUUCUUCACACUGAGAGUUAUCAUUUUAAACAAAACAGAAGCUGUAGUAGCCCUUUCUGUGUGCACCUUACCAACUUUCUGUGACUCAAAGCUUAACACACUUACUAAGCCACAAGAAAUCUGAUUUCUACUUAAGGUGGCCAAAUUAUUUGUGUAAUAGAAAACUGAAAAUCUAAUAUUAAAAAUAUGAAACUUCUAAUAUAUUUUUAUAUUUAGUUCUAGUUUCAGAUAUAUAUCAUAUUGGUAUUCACUAAUCUGGGAAGGGAAGGGCUACUGCAGCUGUACAUGCAAUUUAUUAACAUGAUUGUAAAAUAGCUGUAUAGUGUAAAAUAAGAAUGAUUUUUAGAUGAGAUUGUUUUAUCAUGACAUGUUAUAUAUUUUUUGUAGGGGUCAAAGAAAUGUUGAUGGAUAUCCUAUAAGAUUUAUAGUAUAUAAGAGCAUCCAUACAGGCCUCAGUGGUCUUGGAAAUUAAAACAGGUUUGCUCUAAGCUAGGGAGAGGGAGCUGGGACUGGCCCUGUGUGCAGUGCAGGUCCUGAGGGUUUGACCCGAUCAGAUCACAGGGGAACUAAUUCCCUCCCAUCUAACCAUCCUCAUCCGACCAUGGCCCUGUCAGUGCAGGCUGGCUUUAUUAAAUCCAGGACAGAAAGGUGGCGCUUAUGUACUUAGAGGCACCGUCCAGUAACAGGGUUGUUCCCACAUGCAGCCUCCGCACGGGUUAACAGAAACAGAGGCUUUAGAAGUUUGGCAAUAAUGUGCAUAGAGGUUCCAGCAAUAUGUAAAUACUAAAGAAUCGCAUAGGAAGCCAAUAAUACACUAAUCCUCUCCAUCCUACAAGAGUCCAUUUCCAAGUAAGAUGAGGACAUGUUUAUGUUUUCUUUGAAUGCUUUUUGAAUGUUGUUAUUUUCAGUAUUUUGCAGAAAUUAUUUAAUAAAAAAAAGUAUAAUCAUUUGCUUUUUGAAUUCUCUCUAAAAGGGAAUGUUCAGUUUGUAAUGGUUUAAAUUGGUCUCAAAGUACUUUAAAAUAAUUGUAACCCAGCUGGAUGUGAAAUUUAUGGUGCCUAAGAAAUACCACUUGAAGAUUAUCAAUGACAGUGUUAAGUUUCAAAAUGAGCUUCUCAAAAAUAGAUUAUUGUACAUUUAUGGAAUGUUAUAUGGUUAAACCCAAAAAGCACAUCACACAUAAAUCUGCUUUCAGUUCCAACCAGCUUGGCUUUCAAAAAUAGAGCUCCAAAAAAAAAAAAGGAAAAAAAAGAUAUAUAUGCUUUGUUAUUAACAGAAGGCAGCAGACAUUCAUAAAACUACUAUCGGAAGUUUUCCAUUAGAUGUAUAAAGAGCUAUCCUUUGGUAUGUGGGAAAGAAGAAAGCUGUCAUAAUUCUGAUUGAGUAUAAGUGAGAGAGAUACGGUACUGUUUGAGAGCAGCUCCUUUUCUGCGUGUGGCUUCAUACCGUUCCAAACUAUGUAGAUUUUAUAAUAGCUUCAGUGAGAAUUGGUAACAUGCCUGUAUGACUCACAACAGAUCUUGAAAACUAUCUUUAAUUACUGGUAGGACAAAAAGGGACAUUCUGGUUAUUUUAGGCACUGGCUUGGAACACUGUAUAUGCAGAAGAAAGAAGACAGGCAAUCUGGGGAAAGGAAGGGGACCUGGGAAGCACUGCCUUCUUUAAGGAAAGACACACCAAUAGAUGAGAUCAUCCCAAAGGCACAGGGACCACAGAGUGUGAGUCCUUAGUGACGAGUCAGGUGAGCUCUGGUGAGCUUGGAGAAGCCAGCCCCACCAGCAGAGCAGGCACGGCAGGGAUGGGACAAGCAGGGACGACAAUUCCAGCUGGACACUGGUCCCAGUAUUUUGCUCCCUCUUAUAUACCGUGAGGCAGUAUCACCGUGGGAUGAACCAUGGUAGCACGUUUUGAUCUGUCAGCACUCAAGGAUCAUGGUAGCCUUCGGGAGCUUUAGGUUUUGGUUGGUCACCCCAACGAUCAGCUGUAGUUGAAUGUGUUUCUUAUGUGCCUGGUUUCAGUGUUAGAAGGUGAAAUAGAGUGUGCAAAGGACACUGCAAACCACUUCGGAUGGAAGUUUUCUCAUUUUCCAGACUAUUUUCGGUCAGCCUGGUCUAUCAAGAUCGGUAACCAGGUCUUCAGGAAAGGGUUGGCUUCUAUCUAGGACAUGCCUGAAAGGAUUUUAUUUUCUGAUAAAUGGCUGUAUGAAAAUACCCUCCUAAAUACCCUGCUUAACUACAUAUAGAUUUCAGUGUGUCAAUAUUCUAUUUUGUAUAUUAAACAAAUGCUAUAUAAUGGGGACAAAUCUAUAUUAUACUGUGUAUGGCAUUAUUAAGAAGCUUUUUCAUUAUUUUUUAUCACAGUAAUUUUUAAAUGUGUAAAAAUUAAAAACCAGUGACUCCUGUUUAAAAAUAAAAGUUGUAGUUUUUUAUUCAUGCUGAAUAACCUGUAGUUUAAAAACCUGUCUUUCUACUACACAGUGAGAUGUCAGACUGUAAAGUUUUGUGUGGAAAUGUUUAACUUUUAUUUUUCAUUUCAAUUUGCUGUUCUGGUAUUACCAAACCACACAUUUGUAAUGAAUUGGCAGUAAAUGUUAGUCAGCCAUUUACAGCAAUGCCAAAUAUGGAUAAACAUCAUAAUAAAAGUAUCUGCUUUUUCAUUA